AUGGAGCCAAAGGAGGGGGCCGGGCGUACGCUUGUGAAGCGGCACGCGUUUGGCAUCCGCCCCGACGUCUACGGCUGCCUGAGUUGGGUGGAGGAGGGGACGCUGCUGUACCCCGUCGGGAAGACGGUGGCGGUGCACAACCUCAACAGCAACACCCAGCGCUUUUUUGAGACCGGCGUGCACAGCAGCGGCCUGACCGCGCUGGCGGUGAGCGCCAACAAGAAGUUCAUCGCCAUCGCCGAGGGCGGGCUGACGCCGCAGAUCCAAAUCAUCGACUCGGUCCCGCGGAAGCGGCGCAAGACGCUGAGCGUGCAGGACUUGGGGAGCGACCGCUUCGUGGCGAUGGACUUUAGCGUGGACGGGCGGCACCUGGCGACGCAGGGGGGUGGACCGCAGUGGAAGCUCUUCUACUGGAACUGGGAGCGCUCCAAGCCGCUCGCCUCCACCUCCGUGGUCGCCGACUUCAAGCUGGGCGACAGCCACGACUCCGUCCUGCAGGACUCGCACACGAGGGAGCUGCACGGGGCGGCGGCGGCCGCCCCUCCGCCCGUUUCAUGCGUGACGAUUUGCCCGCAGGACCCACUCCUGAUCGCGGUCUCAGGGCUGGGGACGAUGCGCUUCUACCGCUACGUGGACGGGGUGCUGCAGACGCAGCCCUCCAUCGGCUACGACCUCGAACACGCGUCGAACUUCCUGACGCACGCGUGGGUCACGGGCGACCGUCUCGUGGCCUCCACGCAGACUGGGGAGCUGAUGGUUGUUGAGCGCGGCGUGUACAGGCGCCUGCUGCCCGUGCCCCCCUCCACGCGGGCCCAGCUGACGAACCCGACGGUGCUGUCGCUUGUCCCCAGCAAGGCGGGGUUUAUCGCCGGCAGCGACCAAGGCACCGUCGCCAUUUACCAAAAUUGCGGCGGGACAGACUGCGAGUACGCCAUUCUCUACAAUGUGCCGGUGCCGACGGAGGAGGAGAUGCACAGCAAGGCAGAUACCGAUAAUAACAAGGACUCCCUGCCGCCCCUGACGACCGCGGCGGCGGCGGCGGCGGCUCCUGCUGCUGCUGCUGCUGCAGCGGUGGCGGCGGCGGCCGACGCCGGUUCUCCGCGGUCGUCGACGGCAAAAGGCCACAAACCCCUCUUUCAGGUGAACACGGGGGUGACGCAAAUAGUUGCCGCCUCCCCGGCGAGGGAGGCGCGCCCCAAGACGGAGCUGCAAGAGGCGGCACGCAUAGAUCCGCGCCGGGAAAACAGCGUGGUGCGUCUGUCGCUGGACCAACUGGAGGAGACCAUGGCAUUAGUGACGCACUCAGGUCAAAUUCUUGCCUUUAACUUUUCCCAGCCGUGGGGGAAACGCUCGAGCCAGGAACCCCCGACGUUGUUGCCUAUUUGUCAGUCGUUUCACGUGGGUGGCAUUGUCGGCGUGGACUGCAGCGUGCGACGACCGUUUUUGGUGACCUCCGGCGUAGACAAGAGCGUGCGCAUCUGGAACACCAGUACGCAUCGACUAGAGAUGUGCCAGUACUUCUCCACCUCCCCAGGCCCUGUGAGCAUUCACCCCAACGGACUCUACGUGGUGGUCUGCUUCCCGGACAAGGUUCGCGUGAUGAGUGUCCUCUGGAACUGCCUCCACGAGCACCGCGUGCUGAACCUUCGCAACGUGUCCGACGUGAAGUUUUCCGUGGGGGGAAAGUACUUUGCCUUGGCGCACGGCAACCUGAUCCACCUGUACAACGCACUGACGUGCGACGCCCAUGGACAGCUGCGGGGUCACCCGCAAAAGAUCAGCGGCUUUCAGUGGGCCGCCACCUCCCCGUACCCCACAGACAACGGCCUCGUCUCCUGCUCCCUCGACGGACUCAUCAUCAACUGGAGCGUGAGUGAGAUGCGCAAGGACGGCGAGCACCCCGACAAACGCUACCAAUACCAAGUUAUUGCGGCCGAUGAUAAGACCCUGUGGGCGGUGGGCGACCCGGCCUCCUCGGCGGCGGAGAUACAGUGCAAAUCGAUGCUGCGGGAGAUUGACCGCUUCGGCUCCACGGAGGCCCCCAACGCGGCAAAUGCGACGGACUACGAGUUCCGCGAGAACGCACUCACAACGCUUCUAGUUUCGCCAAAGCAGCGACUGCUGUUCGGCGGCAUGGAUGACGGCUCCAUUAAGUUUAUGAACUUCCCGCUGCAGUUUGGGGUGCAGGAGGUGCCCAUCGUGGCGCACAUCGGCAAAGUCACCCGCAUGGCGCUCUCCUACGACGAGAGCACCAUCUACUCCGUCAGCGAUGAUGGGACGUUGUUUGUCAUUGACGUGCGGGAGGACGGCCGCCCCCCGCAGCGGGACACGGGCUACUACGGCGACGAGGUCCUCGUGCUGGCCUCCGACGUGGAGGACCGCCAGAUCACCAUUGAGAGCCUCACACACACCGCAGCGAAACUCAGGACGGAGAUCGAGGGCGAGGAGAAGCGGCGCAGCCACGAGCAAAAUACGCGGCUGCGAGAGCGGGCGGAGGAGUUCAAGAAUGAAGUGGCCGUCCUCGAGGCGGAGUACGCCGCGCUGUGGAACACCAAGGCGGAGCAGGAGCGCUCCUUCGUCGCGGUGCGGCUCGAGAAGGAGGCGGAGGCCGCCCCGCUGCUGGAGGAGCUCGAGCGGGCAGGGCAGGCGGAGGUGCAGCGGCUGGAGGACGAGUGCACGGAGCUGCAGCACCGGCUGGACGGAAGCAAGAGCAAGUUCGCCCAGGAGGUGAUGGAGCUGGAGGCGCAGAUGGAGCGGGAGCGGCGCGAGGACGAGGAGCGCUUCAACGACGUCGUCGCAAAGCGCAAGGAGGGUCUGCAGAAACUGAAACGCCAGGUGCAACGUGCGAAGGAGACAAACGUGGAGUCGCGGCGGCGCCUCGAGCUCGACACGGAUGCGGAGCUGGAGGGCAUUCGGGAUCGCAACCGGCGCGAUCUUGAGGCCAUUCGCGAGCAGUACCUGCGCAUGAAGGGGGAGAGCGCCAUCAUGCGCAAGAACGCCCUGCGCAUGGAGAAGGAGGCGGAGGUGCACAACAACGAGCUGAGUGUGCUAGAGAGCGCCAAGACGGCGCUGAUGGCGCAGCUGGGGGAGCUGAAUCAGCACAUGGCGCAGCUGCACCAGGACAUCGAGGAGCGCGACGCCGUCAUUGGCGAGAAGGAGAAGCGGAUUUACGACCUGAAGAAGCAGAACCAGGAGCUCGAAAAGCACAAGUUUGUCCUUGACUACCGCAUUCGCCAGCUCAAGUCACAAAUGGAGCCGCGGCAGCGGGAGAUUGCGCGGGAGCACCAGCGCAUAAGCGAGAAGAACGUAGAGCUGGAGAGCCUGCACCAAAACAACAUCACCCUGCGGCAGAGCAUCGAGGGGCUAAAGGCAGAUCUCGCACAGCAGCAGCAGCAGAUAAAACAGGCGCUGAACCACAUGAAGGACUUUGAGACGUACAAGAGCCGCGUCAAGACGGACGUCGGCGAGCUUGCACCGGCCAUGCAGGACCCCGCGCGGCUGCGGGACGUCGUGGAGCGCUUGUACCAGCGGUACGUCGUCGGCCGCGAUGGCCACCGCACCGCGCAGGUGGAUCCGGAGAUUAAGGGGGAGUUUAAGUCGCAGCUGGAGUACCUGAGCACCUCCGUAGAGGCCCUGCGGCGCAAGUGCAAGGCGGACCAGGAGCAGCACCGUACGGAGGUCUCGACGAUGAUGGUGGAGAACCUCGCGCUAAUCCGCGAGAUUCACGAACUGCGUGCGGAGCUCGUGGACCUGCGCAACCUCUCCGUGGCGGCCGCGGACGAGGCAAAGCGGCGUGCCCGGCCAGAUCAGUCCAAGAAGGGGGCCAACUCCUCCUCCCGCCUUAAUGCCGCCUCUAGCAGCCUGCUCGCAUCGAAGAAACGACUGGAGCUGCCUAAGGAGCUGGAUGAAAACCGCACCGAGAUUCGGCAGCUGCGGGCUUUUGUGGAGUCUGCGCAGCAGGCGCUGGCGGCAGCCCGUCGCACGCCAGUCUCCUGCACGUUUCCGCCCAUCACACAACAGUAG